CAUCCAUUAGAUCAUAGCAGCUGGGAUUACAAGUAGAGCCCGACUAUUUAAACCACUGUUUCGUAGCAGCUCUACAUACGUAGUUUAUUGAUCAGCCUUUCGCAGAUAAUUACGCUUUUCCCUACAUCUUACCCUAAUUUGACUGUGUCAUGCCCCGGUUGUUUAGUUACGUUAGGCAGACUAGCAUUAUAGGAGUGUAGUUCAAGUGCCAUAAAUAAAGGCAUAAAAAUACAUUAAAUGGUAUACACUGAAAUCAUGUUAACACAGCCGCUGGCGGGGGAAACGUGCUUUCGCCGUUUUCUAGCGACACACCCGCCUUAUUCCCACCACCCGGAGACAUCCCAGAGCACUCCUCCUCUUUUAGCCACUGUGCGUUGUUUGCGCCUUCGGAUCUGCCGUACUGCGGUUCAAGCCGCCAAAGCGUGUUGUUGUGGCUGCGCAUUUUAACUCACAAACUGAUGAGAGGGGCAACCAUGUCUGCGAAGGCAGGUGGCACCAGGGGCUUCUACUUUAACACGGUGCUGUCUCUCGCGCGUUCUCUGGCUGCACACCGACCUGCCCCCGUCGACAAGGUGCAAAAGCUACUAUGUAUGUGCCCAUUAGACACCCGGGGUGUGUUCACUCUGGACAUCAGGCGCAGGGAUGCUGUUAUUGCUCUGGCUGUAUUCCUGGUGGAGUCAGAUUUACAGCACAAAGACAUGGUGGUGGGCUACCUGUUGAGUCUGCUGAGGGGACUGCCCAGGGUUCAGUGGGUGGAGGAAGCUACUGGGAGGAGAAGCAAAGAGAGUCUUCCAAUGGCAGAGAACUUCAGCUUCUGCCUGGUGACUCUACUGUCUGAUGUGGCACAGAGAGAUCCAGAGUCCUGCACUCAGAUUCUGGAGGCUGUAAUGGAGCUAAUGCAGUCUCUGUUAGACAUCUGUCAGGCACCCGAAAACCAUGACAAAGUUUACCUCUGCAAGUACUUGGUUCCCUGUCUUCUGGGUGUGACCAGGGCAUUUGGACGCUAUGGUAAUGUGAAUGGUCCGCUGCUGUCCCAGCUCUUUCCUCGUGGCUCCGCCCAGCCAGCUCAGUGUGUUGCUGUGGAAACAGAGGGCAUUCGGAGGCGCUCCUUUAAUGACUUCCGCUCCAUUUUGCCAAGCUCCCUACUUGCAGUAUGCCAGGGGGACACACUCAGACGCAAGGCUGGCACUACCAGUGCUGACACACAGGUAGAACGCCGGAAACAGGUUAGCCCGGACAGAGCUGGCCCUUCCCCUUGCUCUCCCAUUGGAUCAGGACCACAGUAUUUUGAAGGUUCGUAUCUCCCCGAUGGCAGUGCGCUGGAUCCUGAUUAUUACUUCACCACAGUCAGUUCCAGCUUCUCUGUCUCGCCUCUCUUCACUGGGACCAGUGAGCAAGAGAUGGACAUGCCUUCGGAACUGCUUAGACGCCUGAUGAACGUGGUGAAACUCUUUGUUUCCAAUUCAUUUCUGAAAGCAAUUGAUGCCACCAUAGUGGAAGUAACUGAGGCUAAUCCAGGCAUAGAUCUUUUCUACAAAGCCUUUAGUGACCCACUGUAUGUCAGCAUGUUUAAGAUGCUCAGGGAUACGCUCUAUAACAUGAAAGAUCUGCAGCCAGGCUUUGUGAAGGAGGUUCAUGACUUUGUGCUGGAGCAGUUCAGUAGCAGCCAAUCAGAGCUGCAGAAAGUGCUUCAUGAGGCAGAGAGGUUGCCAGGGGAACCCAGUCCCCUGAAGCUCCGUUGCCAUGCCAACGCAGCCUGCGUGGACCUCAUGGUGUGGGCUGUCAAAGAUGAGCAAGGAGCUGAGAACCUGUGUACCAAGCUGUCUGAGAAGCUGCAAUCCAAGACUUCCAGUAAAGUGAUAAUCGCGCACAUGCCACUCCUCAUCUGCUGUCUCCAGGGUCUAGGCCGGCUGUGCGAGUGCUUCCCUGUUAUAGCCCACUCUGCCACUAUGUCUCUGAAGGACUUCCUGGUGGUGCCGUCCCCCGUUCUGAUCAAACUCUACAAGUACCACAGUCAGUACAGCACAGGCGGUGGAGAGAUCAAGAUCAGCAUUACCAAUGAGCACUCGCAGUCCACAUUCAAUGUUCUGUCUAACAAGAAGGACCAGCCUUCCAUGUAUGAGCAGCUGAGAGACAUUUCCAUCGACAACAUCUGCAGAUGUCUGAAGGCCGGUCUUAGCAUGGAUCCUGUUAUAGUGGAAGCAUUCCUAGCCAGUCUCUCUAAUCGACUGUACAUCUCCCAGGAAAAUGAUAAGGAAGCCCACCUAAUUCCAGACCAUACUAUUCGAGCUUUGGGCCACAUCGCUGUGGCUAUGAGAGAUAGCCCGAAGUUUAUGGAACCCAUCUUGCAGAUCCUGCAGCAGAAGUUCUGUCAGCCACCUUCACAACUUGAUGUGCUUAUUAUAGACCAACUUGGUUGCAUGGUCAUCACGGGCAAUCAAUACAUUUAUCAGGAGGUGUGGAACCUUUUUCAGCAGAUAAGCGUAAAGGCCAGCAAUCUGGUAUACUCAGCCACUAAAGACUACAGAGACCAUGGAUACAGGCACUGCUCCUUAGCAGUGAUCAAUGCCCUGGCAAAUAUCGCAGCCAACCUGCAGGGGGAGCAACUGGUGGACGAGCUCCUGGUCAACUUGCUGGAGCUCUUUGUCCAGCUUGGGCUGGAGGGCAAGCGAGCCAGUGAGCGUGCUAGUGACAAAGGCCCAACUCUCAAGGCAUCCAGCAGUGCUGGGAACCUUGGGGUUCUCAUCCCUGUGAUUGCAGUGCUGACUCGACGGCUGCCACCAAUUAAAGAGGCCAAACCUCGCCUGCAGAAGCUCUUCAGAGACUUUUGGCUUUACUCAGUGGUCAUGGGCUUUGCUGUAGAAGGUUCAGGGCUGUGGCCAGAGGAGUGGUAUGAGGGAGUGUGUGAAAUAGCCACCAAGUCCCCUCUUCUUACAUUUCCCAGUGGAGAGCCUCUACGCUCUGAGCUCCAGUACAACUCUGCUCUGAAGAACGACACAGUCACGCAGGCAGAGCUAAACGAACUACGCAGCACUAUCAUAAACCUCCUGGACCCCGCCCCAGAGGCAGCCGCCCUCAUCAGCAAGCUGGACUUUGCCAUGUGCACCUACCUGCUAUCCGUUUACAGACUGGAAUACAUGAGGAUGCUACAUUCCAAUGACCCCGACCGGUUCCAGGUGAUGUUCAGAUACUUUGAAGACAAGGCCAUUCAAAAAGAUAAGUCAGGCAUGAUGCAGUGUGUGAUCUGUGUUGGUGAUAAAGUCUUUGAAGUUUUCCUCCAGAUGAUGGCUGAGAAACCAAAGACUAAAGAGCAUGAGGAGGAGCUGGAACGCCAUGCACAGUUUCUAUUGGUCAACUUUAACCACACCCACAAGAGAAUUCGACGAGUGGCUGACAAGUACCUCUCAGGGCUGGCUGAAACGUUUCCUCAUUUGUUGUGGAGUGGGCGAGUGCUGAAGACUAUGUUGGACAUUUUACAGACACUCUCUCUCUCUCUGAGUGCUGACAUCCACAAGGACCAGCCUUACUAUGACAUUCCUGACACUCCUCACAGAAUAACUGUGCCAGACACACAUGAAGCCAGAGAGAGCAUAGUGAAGGACUUUGCUGCACGCUGUGGUGAAAUUCUGAAAGAAGCAAUGAAGUGGGCCUCCUCUGUCACCAAGUCCCACCUACAGGAGUACCUGAAUAAGCAUCAGAACUGGGUGUGCGGCCUCUCCCAACACACUGGCCUGGCCAUGGCCACCGAGAGCAUCCUCAACUUUGCAGGCUACAACCGUCAGAGCAUGACACUUGGGGUCACCCAGCUGACCGACCGACCCACGUGUGUGAAGAAAGACUACUCCAACUUCAUGGCCUCUCUGAAUCUGCGCAACCGCUACACUGGAGAGGUGGCAGGUAUGCUGCAGUUUGCUGAGGCCACGCAUAGCCAGUCAGACCUGGGAAGACUGAUGAUGACUCAGAUGAAUGAUGCUCUCGAAGCCAAAGACUCUGAGGCCUUUACCCAGAGCAUGUUCAAAAUGACUGCUCUUCUUAUCAGUACUAAAGACUGUAAUCCUCAGCUCCUGCACCAUCUGUGCUGGGCUCCUCUGAAGAUGUUCACGGAGCACACCAUGGAGACAGCCAUUGCCUGCUGGGAGUGGUUCCUCGCUGCACACAGUGGAGUUGAAGUCCCGUUCAUGCGUGAGAUGGCGGGGGCAUGGCACAUGACAGUGGAGUUGAAGAUGGGUUUGUUUUCAGAGACUGAGAUGGAGGCCGACCCUCUAGCAGCCUCUGAGGAGAGCCAGCCCAUGCCUCGUCCCCCUGAUGUCAUUCCACAUGCUCUGUGGAUAGAGUUUUUGGUACAGAGGUUUGAGAUUGCCAAGUACUGCAGUGCCGAUCAGGUGGAGAUUUUCACUGGACUCCUCCAGAGGGCGCUCUCACUCAGUGUCGGUGGAUCCAAGAGCAGCCUAAACCGUCAUGUUGCUGCCAUAGGACCUCGCUUCAGACUCCUGACCUUAGGCCUGACACUGUUGCAUGCUGAUGUUGUGACCAAUGCCACCAUACGCAAUGUGCUUAGAGAGAAGAUCUACUCAACAGCCUUCGAUUACUUCAGUGUGUCUCCAAGGUUCCCUACUCAGCCAGAGAAGCGUCUACGGGAGGACAUCAGCAUCAUUAUCAAGUUCUAUGCCUGUCUGCUGUCUGAUAAGAAAUAUCUUGCCGCCAACCAGCUUGUCCCACCAGACCCUCAGGACGUGUCUGUCAACAGUCUGUCAGUGAUGGCAGUGGCGGAUUCCAGGAGCAGUCUAGAUGCCACGGUGGGCUCCAGGCAGCCGGCCAUGCAGGGCUGGAUCAACACAUAUCCACUCUCCAGCGGAAUGUCCACCUUAUCCAAGAAGUCCGGUCUGUCUAAGAAGAGCAACAGAGGGUCUCAGCUACACAAAUACUACAUGAAACGGAGAACACUGUUACUGGCCCUACUGGCUAGUGAGGUGGAGCGGCUCACUACGUGGUAUAACCCACUGGGCAGCCAGGAGCUGCUGAUCUCUGCUGAGCAGUCUGUAGAAACCAGCAUUGCUAACUGGAGGUCCAAGUACAUCAGCCUGAGUGAAAAACAGUGGAAGGACAACGUCAACCUUGCCUGGAGUAUAGCACCUUACCUCGCCCUUCAACUGCCUGGCAGGUUCAAGAAUACAGAGGUUAUUGUGUCGGAAGUCACGCGUUUGGUGCGGAUGGACCCUGGGGCGGUCAAUGAUGUCCCAGAAGCUGUAAAGUAUCUGGUGACAUGGCACACCAUCGAUGCGGACUCUCCAGAGCUGAGUCACAUUCUGUGCUGGGCCCCAGCCGAUCCACCCACAGGCCUCUCCUACUUCUCCAGCAUGUACCCUCCUCAUCCCCUCACGGCGCAGUAUGCCGUAAGAGUCCUGCGCUCCUUCCCGCCGGAUGCCAUUUUGUUCUACAUCCCUCAGAUUGUUCAGGCACUCCGCUAUGAUAAGAUGGGCUAUGUAAGGGAGUAUAUCCUAUGGGCAGCACAGAAAUCUCAGCUUCUGGCUCAUCAGUUCAUUUGGAACAUGAAGACCAACAUCUACACAGAUGAAGAAGGCCACCAGAAAGAUCCUGAUAUUGGAGAGCUGUUGGAACAGAUGGUUGAUGAAAUUACGGGCUCGUUGUCUGGUCCUGCCAAAGAUUUCUACCAGCGAGAGUUUGAUUUCUUCAACAAGAUCACCAAUGUGUCAGCUAUCAUAAAACCCAUCCCUAAAGGUGAUGAGAGGAGAAGAGCAUGUCUCAGAGCCCUCUCUGACAUCAAAGUGCAACCAGGAUGCUAUCUGCCAAGUAACCCAGAGGCCAUCGUACUGGACAUUGACUACAAGUCUGGAACGCCAAUGCAAAGCGCGGCUAAAGCUCCAUACCUGGCCAAGUUCAAGGUGAAGCGUUGUGGAGUCAGUGAGUUGGAGAAAGAAGGGCUGCUCUGUCGGUCAAACUCUUUGGAUGAGGCUUGCAGUGAAGAAGAGGCUCAGAGGAUUUGCUGGCAAGCAGCCAUCUUUAAAGUAGGAGAUGACUGCCGACAGGAUAUGUUGGCACUGCAGAUCAUUGGUCUCUUUAAGAACAUCUUUCAGCUGGUGGGCCUAGAUCUGUUCGUCUUUCCAUACAGGGUGGUCGCCACAGCACCUGGAUGUGGUGUUAUUGAAUGUAUCCCAGACUGUAAGUCCAGGGAUCAACUGGGCCGUCAGACAGACUUUGGCAUGUAUGACUACUUCCGCAAUCAGUAUGGAGAUGAGUCCACUCUGGCCUUCCAGAAGGCACGGUAUAACUUCAUUCGGAGUAUGGCAGCGUACAGCCUGUUACUUUUCCUACUCCAGAUUAAAGACAGACACAAUGGAAACAUCAUGCUGGACUACCAGGGACACCUCAUUCACAUCGACUUUGGCUUCAUGUUUGAGAGUUCCCCCGGUGGUAACCUGGGAUGGGAGCCUGACAUCAAGCUUACCGAUGAGAUGGUGAUGAUCAUGGGCGGAAAGAUGGAGGCCACACCCUUCAAAUGGUUCAUGGAGAUGUGUGUACGUGGCUACUUGGCAGUCAGACCAUAUAUGGAAGCUGUUGUUUCCUUGGUAACGCUAAUGUUGGACACUGGGCUUCCGUGUUUCCGUGGUCAGACCAUUAAACUGCUGAAGCAGCGUUUUAACCCAAGCAUGAGUGAGAAGGAGGCAGCUGCCUUCAUCAUUAAAGUCAUCCAGAACUGCUUCCUCAGCAGCAGGAGCAAAACAUAUGAUAUGAUCCAGUACUAUCAAAACCAGAUUCCAUACUGAAGGCCAAACUGGUGUCUGUGUGUGUGUGUGUGUGUGUGUGUGUUUGUGUGUGUGUGGAGUGGUAAUGUUUUUUGCCUCUUUUUGUUGUACAUUGUUGUCUGGUACCUUCUGCACUUUAUAAGCCUGUAACACAUUUGCAUGGCUUAAAAGAUACAAAAACAUGGAUACUCACAAAAAUACAUACUCCUAUACACACUCCUAGCAUUCUGUUCAGCUUCAUGAGGCUCUGAUGUGUUUUUAUAUAUAUACACACACCUUUAGGACUAAAAUGCCUUUAGGAUUAUGAAAAACAGGUGUGACCAAACUUUGGACUAGUACUAUACUGCAUGGCUUCAGUGGCUAAGAGUCAACCAAUUGAACAAAGGUAAUUUUGUGCCAUUAGUACUGAUUUCUCAGCACUCCUAAAACUGCUGUGUUUCUUUGAAUUAUUUCUAACAUGCAAAUGCAUUGUUUUAAUUUAUUUCAUUGAUAUAUUGAAAGAUACUACACUGGUGACAAUUGAUAACUGAAUGGUGUUUGCUUCUUGCAGUUUUAUAAAAGCUUGUUGCACAUUUAAAAUGUGUUCCUAACAUACCAGCAGUAAAUGUAAGAGAUUUUUAAUUUAUUUUGAAUAAAUUAAACAUAGUUGCUACAAUAUUGUCUGUGAAACUAAAUAAAUUGUACUUGGGCUUCACUUCUUGCUAUGAACUGAUUAUGUAUGUGUACGUGCUUGAGUUCAGUUGUGUUCCGUGCAUGAAGAGCUUUGUAAGAAUCACUAAUCACCGUAUUUCAUUCGCUGUUCAGUAAUCUGCUUUUGGGUCUUUAGAAGUGCUGUAUCGGUAACACUCUUUAUGAUGAUGAGUCCGGCCUCUCGCAGCCUUUGUGAAAUGUGUUGCGCAUUUCUCUUUCCCCAAUGGAGCAGUGGGCAAGCUCAGCCCUGAGGACUAGAACCAACCUCAGCUUGUUUGAAGCAUGUGCCUGUGUGUCACAUAGUUUGAGCGGGUGGUGAUUUUAAUAGUUUUGUGUUCACUUACAUGUUUAUGUGCUUAACAUUUUGUACGCUUGUUUACAACUUUUCACAACUAUUCGUAUCCCUCUCUGGCACUGUGUUUUUAUGUUUGUGUUUAUGACCUGUUAUUCUGAUUUGACUAAUGUUUAAUAAAUUUUUCAACGGUA